GAGGCCACACCCAGAAACUACCUGCGCGGGUCAGGAAGAGGAGCUGCUGCGAGAGUCCUGCGCCUCGGCCACCCGCGCCCCGCGGGCCAUGGGAAGUGGCUGCCCGCAGGGACCACGCCUCUAAGACCCUUGCUCUCCAUCAGCGGCCACCGGGACUAUGAGGAGCGACCGCGCCCGCAAGGGCAGCGGGGGCCCCAGGGACUUCGGCACGGGACUCAAAUACAGCUCGCGACACGAGAACAUGAAUGGCUUUGAGGAAGGCGUGGAGUUCCUGCCUGUCAACAAUGCCAAGAAGGUGGAGAAGCGCGGCCCAAGGCGCUGGCUGGUAGUGGUGGCUGUGCUGGUCAGCUUCCUCCUGCUGUCGCUCUUGGCUGGCUUCCUGGUGUGGCACUUCCAGUACCGGGAGGUGCGGGUACAGAAGGUCUUCAAUGGCUAUCUGAGGAUCACAAAUGAGAACUUUGUGGAUGCCUAUGAGAACUCCAACUCCACUGAGUUUAUGAACCUGGCCAGCAAGGUGAAGGAAGCGCUGACGCUGUUGUACAGUGGCUUCCCAUCCCUGGGUCCCUACCACAAGGAGUCAGCCGUGACUGCCUUCAGCGAGGGCAGCGUCAUCGCCUACUACUGGUCCAAGUUCAGCCUCCCGCAACACCUGGUGGAAGACGCGGAGCGCACCAUGGCUGAGGAGCACGUGGUCACGCUGCCGCCUCGCGCGCGGUCCCUGAGCUCCUUUGUGAUGACCUCGGUGGUGGCCUUCCCCACUGACCCCAGGACAGUGAAAGCCGCGCAGGACAAUAGCUGCAGCUUUGCCUUGCAUGCCCGCGGUGGGGAGCUGACACGCUUCACCACGCCUGGCUUCCCCAACAGCCCCUACCCGGCUCGCGCCCGCUGCCAGUGGACCCUGCGGGGUGACGCCGACCUGGUGCUCAGCCUCACCUUCCGCAGCUUUGACGUCGCAUCCUGCGACGAACGUGGCAGCGACAUGGUCAUGGUGUAUAACACGCUGAGCCCCAUGGAGCCCCAUGCCCUGGUGCGGCUGUGUGGCACCUACCCUCCCUCCUACAACCUGACCUUCCUCUCCUCCCAGAACGUUCUGCUUGUCACGCUCAUCACCAACACCGAACGGCGCCACCCCGGCUUUGAGGCUACCUUCUUCCAGCUGCCCAAGAUGACCAGCUGUGGGGGCUACUUACAGGGAGCAGAAGGGACAUUCAGCAGCCCCUACUACCCGGGCCACUACCCACCCAACAUGGAUUGCACGUGGAACAUCGAGGUGCCCAGCAACCGAAAUGUGAAGGUGGUCUUCAAAGUCUUCCUCCUGCUGGAGUCCAACGUGCCACUGGGCGAAUGCCCCAAGGACUACGUGGAGAUCAAUGGGGAGAAGUACUGUGGGGAGAGGGCCCAGUUUGUCGUUGCCGGCAAUAGCAACAAGCUCACCGUCCACUUCCACUCGGAUCAAUCCUACACUGACGCGGGCUUCUUAGCUGAAUAUGUCUCCUACGACUCCCUUGACCCCUGUCCUGGCAAGUUCAUGUGCAAAACCGGGCGGUGCAUCCAGAAAGAACUGCGCUGUGACGGCUGGGCUGACUGUGCUGACCACAGCGAUGAGCUCAACUGCAAAUGCAACGCCACGCACCAGUUCACGUGCAAGAACUCGUUCUGCAAGCCCCGCUACUGGGUAUGCGACACCGUGAAUGACUGUGGGGACAACAGCGAUGAGCUGCAGUGCAGCUGCCCUGCUGAGACCUUCAAGUGCAACAAUGGCAAGUGCCUCCCGCAGAAGCAGCAGUGUGACGGGAAGGACAACUGUGGGGAUGGGUCCGAUGAGGCCUCGUGCAACAGUGUGAGUGUUGUCACGUGCACUGCGCACACCUACCGCUGCCAGAACGGGCUUUGCGUGAACAAGGGCAACCCCGAGUGUGACGGCCAGAAUGACUGCAGCGACGGCUCAGAUGAGGGGAACUGCGACUGUGGGCUGCGGUCAUUCUCCAGACAGGCCCGGGUCGUGGGGGGCACGGAUGCGGAUGAAGGCGAGUGGCCCUGGCAGGUGAGCCUCCAUGUCCUUGGCCAGGGUCACGUAUGCGGAGCGUCCCUCAUCUCUCCCAACUGGCUGGUCUCUGCUGCUCACUGCUAUAUCGACGACAAAGGAUUCAAGUACUCAGACCCGGCCCAGUGGAUAGCCUUCCUGGGCCUGCACGACCAGAGCAAGCGGAGCGCCGCUGGGGUGCAGGAGCACCGGCUCAGACGCAUCAUUGUCCACCCGUCCUUCAAUGACUUCACCUUCGACUAUGACCUCGCGCUGCUGGAGCUGGAGAAGCCAGCCGAGUACAGCACCACGGUGCGGCCCAUCUGUCUGCCUGACACGUCGCACGUCUUCCCUGCUGGCAAGGCCAUUUGGGUCACAGGCUGGGGGCACACGGAGGAAGGGGGCAGCGGCGCUCUGAUCCUGCAGAAGGGAGAGAUCCGCAUUAUCAACCAGACCACCUGCGAGGACCUCAUGCCGCAGCAGAUCACGCCGCGCAUGAUGUGUGUGGGCUUCCUCAGUGGGGGCGUGGACGCCUGCCAGGGCGACUCCGGCGGCCCCCUGUCCAGCGUGGAGGCGGAUGGGCGGAUUUUCCAGGCCGGCGUGGUGAGCUGGGGAGAAGGCUGCGCUCAGCGGAACAAGCCCGGCGUGUACACGAGGCUCUCUCUAUUUCGGGACUGGAUCAAAGAGCAGACUGGGGUGUAAGGUCAGGAGCCAUCUACCAGCCAUGAGAACACGCCCAGCGACGGCUGCGGCCAAGGGUGCCCACUGCCUCCCCAGGGCCUCCCGAACCCAGGAUUCCACCGGCACCCGGAGCCUCUCUGCUCCCUCGGCUCCGGAGUGGGGCUGGGACACGCAGGCAGUGCUCGCGGCUGG